UUCGUAUUAAUAUCUGAGUUUUAGACCGCCGCGUCUUUGUGUUUUGUGUUCAUCGCCUGGAGACAGAUCUAAUCGCUAAGUGAAUCGUCUCUUCCGCCAAAACGAAAACAAAAUGGCUGAGGCAUCACCUGCUUUGAGGAAGCCUGUGUUCACUAAGGUUAGUGAGCUGAGACCAGGAACCAAUGGUCUCUCACUUAACGUGAAAGUCAUCAGCACGAAGAUGGUGAUGCAGAGAGGAGGAGGAGGAGGUCGUCCCAGUGGUCCUCAGGCUCGUCAGAUGCGGAUUGCUGAAUGUCUCGUUGGUGAUGAGACUGGAAUCAUUAUCUUUACCGCAAGAAACGAUCAAGUGGAUUUGAUGAAAGAAGGCAAGAUAGUGACCCUGCGCAAUGCAAAGAUCGACAUGUAUAAGGGAUCUAUGAGGCUUGCUGUUGAUAGAUGGGGCCGCGUUGAAGUCGCGGAGGAGGCCGCAGACAUCACUGUCAAGGAAGAUAACAAUCUUUCCCUCAUCGAGUAUGAGCUUGUGAGCGUUGAGGCUUAAUUUGUUUCAACCACCAAAAGAAAGCAGAGAGUGGCUCAGAAGACCCAUUCUCUAGUUAAAGAAGCAAUAGGCCUCUCUCUUUGCUUUGAGUUUUUGCUUAUCAGAAUUUGUAGGUGGGUUUGUUGCUGGUUUUGACUCUUUAUGUAUCAUCUGGCUUGCCUACGAUGUACCGUUCUCGUUUCGUUUGUAGAAGGAUUCUCUCUUUAUAUAUCAUGGUCAUUUUCUUGUUUUA